AGCACACAAGGAGAUAGCUACUUCUAUGGAGAGCAGCUUCUGGGUACAGCUCACAGAGAAGGAAGCUGUAGGAGGGCAGAACUGGGGACAUAGGAAGAGCCAAGACGAUCUGAAGCUGCUUACAAGUGUAGGUAAGAUGAAGGUGACACUGGUGCAUCUGUUGUUCAUGAUGUUGCUGCUGUUGCUAGGCCUAGGGCUGGGCCUGGGCCUGGGCCUUCACAUGGCUGCUGCUGUCCUGGAGGAUCAGCCACUGAAUGAAUUUUGGCCCAGUGACUCCCAGAAUACUGAAGAGGGAGAGGGCACCUGGGCCACAGAAGGCCUGGUACUUGGCUACAAAGAAAUGGCACAACCUGUCUGGCCAGAAGAGACUGUCCUCAGUGAAGAUGAAGUGGGGGGAAGCAGGAUGCUGAGGCUUGAACCCCGCUUUCAGAGCAAACAAGACUACCUUAAGUCUGACUUGAGUGUCAGGGACUGUAAUACCAUGAUGGCACACAAGAUAAAGGAGCCUAAUCAGAGCUGCAUAAGCCAGUACACAUUCAUCCACGAGGACGUGAGCACAGUCAAAGCUGUCUGUAACAGUCCCCUGGUUGACUGUGACCUCAAGGGGGGCAAAUGUUACAAAAGUCCCCGGCCUUUUGAUCUGACACUGUGCAAGUUGGCCAAACCAGGCCAAGUCACUCCCAACUGUCACUAUCUGACUUACAUAACCGAAAAGGUCAUCUUCAUGACGUGCAAUGACAAGAGACAACUGGAGGCUAGAUGAAGCACCCCGUACCUUUCCCUUCUCUUCGGAUCGUUGCCUCUCUUCUCUUGCAUCUCUGUUUGCUGAUGCUUCUGUCCCCUCCUUGGGCUUG